CGGAAAGUCUCACCAGAGCUGGCAAUGUUGCCCCACUUCGAAAUUUCAGUCUCCUGCAAAACGACUGGAUUUUAUUUCUUCCUGCACUUCUGUUCCUCUCUCUACUUUUCGUACCUCGACUUGUCCACACCCACCCAAGGCAGCUCCUGUUGGGAUCUAUUGCUCUCCUGAAAGCUAUGGAAGCACCGGUGCUUGGCUUGUCAGAUGAUGCUAUUGACAGGUUGCUGGCCGAGGCGGAAUCCCGGCUUGCAGGCCAUGACGGCUCCAAAGCUGUAGCUGUUAAAGCAGCGCAGCCUGUUGCACUUGGCUCGAAGUCUGCGCUGGCCGUGGCGUCUCCCGUGGCACCAUCGACUGGGGAGCGGACAGCUGUCUCUGAGACACAGCCUGAGAGGUUGGCAGUCCGGGUUCCCCAGCUUGCGCAGAAAAAGAAAAAGACAAAAGACGAUGCCGGUUCCGAUUGGUACAAUAUGCCGCGGACGAAUCUGACGCCACAACUACGACGGGACUUGCAAAUUCUCCGCCUGCGCGACGUCGUGGCUAUGGGAAAGCAGUUUUUCAAAAAGGACAACAAGAAGGACUUUGUUCCAGAGUUUUCUCAAGUUGGGACUAUUGUGGCAGGGGCUACUGAUGGCUCUAACCGGCGUCUGACACGGAAGGAGCGCAAGCAGACCAUUGUUGAAGAGGUGCUUGCUGGCGCGGCGACUAGCAAGUUCAAGAGCAAGUACCAAGCAGAGAUGUAUCUACCGCGGUUACUACGGCCAUUGCGGCCCUCGCUGCAGAGACAGUUGCUUGGCGCAUCGACUCCCAAGGCUGCUGCUUCGCGUCCAGCAGCAGCGAUACAGCUUCGAAGCAAUUCGUCGAACGUAUCGGAUCCCAGCAGCGAUGGCCCCUCUACAGAGAGCAGGAGCUCCUCACCCGCGUCCUCCUCCACGACACCCGAAAUGACUUCACGUCCUCGUCGACAGCCAAAGACGGACAGCCCUGACCGUGCCUACUAUUCGAAACUGCUAGAAAACAGCGAAAAGGGGCAACCGUCGUCGGCCGGCCCCAACACGGUGGAGGUGGAGGCGGCCGACGGCACGACGUACAAGGGGCCUCGCAUGCCUCGCAACCUCGAGGCGCUCUACCUGCAGCCGCUGCGGCGGCGGGCGCAAUACGGGGUGCCGUCGUGCGAUCUGCAGCUGCGGUCCUACUCGGCGCGCAACCUCGAGUUCUUCUGCGACUUCGCGCUGCGCGCGGCCUACUACCUGGGCCUGCCGGCGUACGGGCCGGUGCCGCUGCCACGCCUCACCGAGCGCUGGACGGUGCCCAAGGGCCAUUUCAUCGACAAGAAGUCGCAGGAGAACUUUGAGCGCAUCACCAUGCGCCGCCUCAUCCAGAUCAAGGACGGCCACCCCGAGGCCGUCCAGGCGUGGCUGGCGUUCCUGCAGAAGCACGCGUACUACGCCAUUGGCAUGAAGGCGAACGUGUGGGAGUUUAGCAGUCUUGAUGUCGGAAAGACGAUGGACGAGGGCGCAUUGGAGGUCAAGGAGCUGCUGGAGGAGAAGUGGGAGCAUGUGGUGCACGCCCCGAAACUAGACGGUGUCAAGGACAUCGAAGAGUUCCUGGCCAAGGAGAGGGCGAGGGCUUCUGGAGGCCGCGCCGUCAUAUUCUCUGGGAUUCAGCCGACGGGGGUGCCGCACCUGGGCAACUACCUCGGGGCCAUGCAGCAGUGGAAGCGUAUGCAGGACGAGGCGGCGCCGGAUACCAAGCUCAUCUUCUCCGUCGUCGACCUGCACGCCAUCACGGUGCCGCGGCCCCGCGGCCUGCUGUCGCAGUGGAAGCGCGAGAUGUUCACCGCCCUGCUAGCCAUCGGCCUCGACCCGGACCGCUGCGUCCUCUUUUACCAGUCCUCCGUGCCCGCCCACUCGGAGCUGCAGUGGAUUCUGAGCUGCACCGCCUCGACCGGCUACCUGUCGCGCAUGACCCAGUGGAAGAGCAAAAUGUCGCUAGCCGACGACGUGACGGCCUUUGACGACAAGGUCAAGCGCUCGCUCAAGCACGGCCUGUUCUCGUACCCCAUCCUGCAGGCCGCCGACGUGCUCGUCCACCGCGCGACCCACGUCCCCGUCGGCGACGACCAGAAGCAGCACCUCGAGUUUGCCCGCGAGUGCGUUACAAACUUCAACAGCGCCUACGGCGGCCAGCACCUCGUCAAGCCCGAGACUAUUUUCUCCCCAGCGAAGCGCGUCAUGUCGCUCACGAAGCCGUCGGCCAAGAUGUCCAAGUCCGACGCGGACGCGCGGUCGCGGAUCCUGUUCACCGACUCCGCGUCCGCGAUCCGCGCCAAGGUGAUGGCAGCGGUGACCGACUCGACCAACGCGGUAUCGUACGACGCCGCGGCGCGGCCCGGCGUCGCCAACCUGCUGGAGCUGCUAUCGCACUUUGACCCGGCGGGUCGCGGCGCCGGCGAGCUGGCGGCGUCGGCCGACCUCGCUGGCGCGCCGCUCAAGGAGCUCAAGACGCGCGUCGCCGACGCCGUCAACGCCGCGCUCGCGCCCAUCCGCGACCGCUUCGCCGAACUGCUCGCCCGCCCCGACUACCUCGCCGGCCUCGUCGAGCAGGGCGCAGUGCGCGCCAACCAGAGCGCCGAGGAGACCAUGAAGAUUGUGCGCGAGGCCGUCGAGCUGGGUGCUUGAAAGGGGACUGCGUCUGUCUGUGUAUAUGGGAGGAAGCAAGUUUGGUUGUCGUGUAAGAUACUUGUACAUGUGUUUUUUUAUAUAGAGUAGAGUGUAAAUAGACUAUAGUGCUGAAUAUAUAAGCAUCGUUUGCGUCGUUGUCGUCGUCGUCGCCGACGACAACAACAACAACACCGCGUUCCGGAUAACCAACCCCACACGCAAAAAGUCACACAUGGUGACAUGAUAUAUCGCUCCAGAAGCACGACGCCAAAACCUUGCCCGCGUCUAAGUAGAAUACCCAAUACCUUCCUACUAACCUACCAGGCGCAUAAUAGCGCAACUUCUAGUUUCCAUUCAUUGCUUGUUUUAGCUCCUUGCUUUGCAGCAGCCGCAGCCUAGGUACUCCACACCCGCCUUUUUGAAGAGAGCGUCGAUGACUACCUAUCCAAAACGAAAAAAAAAAAAAAAAAA